AUGAACCCCAACCCUCUCAUCUAUUGUACUUGCUGUGACCCCUGGAACUUGGGGCCUCGAAAACUAAUCAAGACCCCUCAUCCACCAAGAAAAACCUCCACAAAGAAAUCCACAAAGAAAACUGAUUAUCUGAGACCAGAAAAGAGCUCUAAUUUUCCUUAUGAAAUGAUCAAUGUGUCACCGGGCUAUCGCCUCUUUCGGAACAGAGAGCAUAUUUAUGUCACUUUGGGAGAAGAGCUGUUCACUAAACGUCUGCCUUCAGUGUUAGAUCUGGAGAAAAAGACAGAGUCAGAAGCCCCUGACAAGGUCAAGAUGGAAUCACAGGUCUUAAACAAGAUCAAGAAGUCCAGGACUAAUAUUUCUGCUGACCUUGAAGAACAGAUCUCAGAGCUGACAUGUAUAAUAGAGCAGAUGAACAGAGACCAUCAGGCUGCUCAAAAUUUGCUACGCAAUGAAACGGAGCUCCGGUGUACUGAGAUGGAGAAGAACUAUGAGAAGAUGAGCAGGGAGCUCAAAGAGACUCAUGAAAAACAGCUUAAGGAGUUGGAGGACAGCUACAAAGCAGCCUUGAAAGCAGAGAAGUUGUCUUCCCAAGAAAAAAUAGGGGAAAUGGCUAAGGAAUAUAAAUAUUUGAAGAACGUGUUUCAUGUGUACCAGAGCAGUGUUCAGGAGGAAAUGGAAGAAAAGUGGGCAAAGAAGAAGGAGGAAUUGGAGACGGAUGAGAAGCUAGAACGUGAAAAGAUCUUGCUGCAGCAAAAACAUAUGAUGACAAAAAGGUUUGCAUUAGAGUCAGAAGAAACAAAGAAGAGAAUAAGUGACUCCUAUUGUGCUCUCUUUGAGAAUAUCAGUCGAGAGAAAGAGGAGCUACUGAAACAACAUGAAAGGGACACCAUCCAAUUGGAGGAGCUGAAACAGUCCAAAAAGGUCACAGAGAAACAAUUGAAGUCACAAGCUCUUAUUCUAGAAUCACUUGAUUUCACCCUCUUCCAAACCCAAAUGGAACUUCAGAAAGAGAAAGCUAUGGUGACAAAUCUGGAAAAAACUCUCCAGGACAAAUUUUAUGAAGCUGAAGAAAAAUAUAAAUACACUAUAGAACUUCUGAAAGAAGAAAACAUUCUUCUCAGGCAAAAGAUAAUUGCCAUGAAUGAAGAAAUGUUUGAAGAACGAUCUGAGAGAGUGAACUCUAUUCCUUUUUAUCAGAAUGAGUAUGAUUCUUUUGAUGAUAUUCAUAAAAAAAGACAAAGCUCAACAGAAGAUUAG